AUGAUGAGCCUUUUCGGCCAGGCGAGUUCCAAGAUAUCCAAGUCACGCGCGUCAGAGGAAGACAAGGUCCCGGACGACACCGAGCCAGAUGACACCUCUAUCUUGGACGAGAACGAGGGCUCGAUCAUCUCAUCGCUCAUCUCGCAGCUCCGAGUGGGCAUGGAUCUGCACAAGGUGACGUUCCCGACGUUCGUCCUGGAGCCGCGGAGCAUGCUGGAGCGCAUCACCGACUUCAUGUCCCAUCCUGAUCUCCUCUUUGGCGCGGAGACGUGCGACGACCCAGAAGAACGCUUCAUCCGCGUGCUGCAGUACUACCUCGCCGGCUGGCACAUCAAGCCCAAGGGCGUGAAGAAGCCAUACAACCCUGUCCUGGGCGAGUUCUUCCGCUGUCGAUAUGACUACCCUGACGGCUCUCGCGGGUUCUACAUUGCUGAACAAGUUUCCCAUCACCCGCCGAUAUCCGCGUUCUAUUACGUCUCGCCCGCGAACAAGGUAGCCGUCAUCGGCGAACUCCGGCCAAAGUCCAAGUUCCUCGGGAACUCGGUGUCGACGGUGAUGGAGGGCGAGAACCGCGUCUACCUCCUCGGCCGUCCGGAGGACAACGAGUACGUGAUCUCGAUGCCAAACAUGUACGCGCGCGGGAUCCUGUGGGGCAAGAUGUUCCUCGAGCUCGGGGACUCGUGCACGGCGAAGAACGAGAAGACGGGCCAUUAUGCGGAGAUCCAGUUCAAGACCAAGGGAUACUUCUCCGGGACGUACAACGCGAUCCAGGGCCGCAUACGCCGCGGCAACACAGAGGUCGGCGAGGUGUCGGGCAAGUGGAGCGCGACGAUGGAGUUCAAGAGCUCGAAGGGGGAGAAGCGGGUGCUGUUCGACGCCGUCCGGGAUGGACAGAAGAUCGCGCCAAAGUGGGUAGCGCCUGAAGACGAGCAGGAGCCGAACGAGUCCCGCAGAUUGUGGACGCGCCUGACGCGCGCGAUCGUCGCGAAGGACAUGGACGCGGCGACGGAGGCGAAGACGGCCGUCGAGGACGCGCAGCGCGAGCAGCGGCGGGUCAUGGAAGAGCGCGGGGAGGUGCACGUCCCCCGCUUCUUCCACCUCAAGGACGGCCGGUGGGUGCCCAAGCUCGCACUGCCGACGGACCCUCAGGAGGCCGUGGCUGCCGUGGAGAAGUUCAUCUGGCCAGCGCUCCCGCCCUCAUACGUCCAGUCACCCGCACUACAGCAGCAACAGUAA